AUGUUCAAUAACUACUUCUCCUCAGUAUUCACUCCACAAGAAGAUCUUCAAUCUAACAACGCUACUACGACAGAUAUAAAUGACACUAUUUCUUCUGGUUCACCUACUCAGUCAAUAGAUCAAUUAUCAGUGAUGGAAAGUGAUGUUCUGAGAACUCUAAAAUCUUUCGACCCAGAUAAAGCAUUAGGAUCAGAUGAAAUCCCUGGUAGAAUUCUGAAAGUAACAGCCAAUCAAAUUACUCUGUCGCUCACUCGCCUGUUUAACAAAUCUCUCCAAGUUGGGGUAGUACCCGAUGAGUGGAAGCUUGCAAAUGUCGUUCCAGUAUUUAAAAAAGGAGAAAUGGAUCGCGUAGAAAACAACAGACCUAUUGCUCUUUUAUGUAUAGUAUCGAAAUUGUUGGAACGAUGCAUAUUAAACCACCUUAGAUUCUCUCUACAGAACAUAAUAAAUCGCUGUCAGCAUGGUUUUACUUCCGCGAAAUCCUGCACUACUCAACUCAUCCAAGUUAUAGAUACAAUUGGUAAACUUCUUGAUCAAGGAGAGCAGAUAGAUGUCGUUUAUCUUGAUAUGUCCAAGGCAUUCGAUAAAGUGAAUCACACGAAGAUGAUCGAUAAACUCCGUAGUUUUGGAUUCAACGGUGGCUUGCUUACUUGGUUCCAGUCCUAUCUUCGCCAUCGUCGACAAAAAGUGACAGCGUUAGGAUCAACAUCUAUGUCGACGCUCGUGACAUCCGAAGUACCACAAGAAUCUAUCUUGGGUACAAUCCUGUUUCUGCUUUACGUCAAUGAUCUACCCGAUGCGAUAUCCUCGUCUACAAUUGCAACCUUCGCAGACGAUACCAAAUUGUUCCAAUGCAUGUCGGGUGAAGCAGACAGCUCUCUCCUACAAGAAGAUCUGACCAAUAUACACAACUGGUCAUCGUCUUCUGAUCUUAUGUUUAAUCAGUCUAAAUGUAAAGUUCAGUCAAUAUCGCGUAAACGAAAGCCCAUUAUGGCCUCAUACUCCAUGGGAAAUACCCAGCUCGACCACUGUUUCCAAGAGCGUGACCUUGGAGUAUGGAUCUCGUCUGAUCUAUCGUGGAAGAAGCAGGUAGAAUCGCAGAGUACAAAAGCAAACCAGAUCUUGGGGUACGUGAAAAGAACAACAAAAAAUUUAAAGUCUCUCACAACAAGACGAACAAUUUAUUUAACAAUUGUACGUGCUCAUCUUGGUUUCGCGACGCAAGUCUGGGCGCCUCAAACUGUAGAGCAAAUAAGAAAGUUUGAACGGGUUAAGCGACGUGCAACUAAAUAUAUUCUCCAUCUGCCAUUUAACUCCGACGUCUCAUACAAAGACAGACUAAUUCAAUGUAACUUAAUUCCAUUAACUUACUGGCAUGAGUACUUAGACAUGGUCUUUUUCUUCAAACCAAUAAACCAUCUUAUCCAUGUGAACGAUACUUUCCUACCAAAAUCAAAGAAAUCUGAGAGAUCUACAAGAUUGUCGCGUAAUGCGUUUGGUACUACCUUCAAAGAGCAACGAUACAGAAAAUCAAAGUACAGCAGAUCUUACAACACGGACAUGGAACACACUACAGAAAGAAAUAACACAAAACCACAACAAAUCUUCUCUUGCCACUUUCAAGAAUAUUCUGAAAGAAUACUACUACUCCACUCUUUCCUUAACUUUCGACCCUGACGACCCACGUACAUGGAAGACAACCUGUGUCAAAUGUAACUGUGCUCGAAGUUUGCUGGUUCCCCCUUCUUGUUGUUUUUGA